UCGCAGCGCGGGCGGUCUGCUCCGCUCGCAGGUCAUCCACAGCGGGCACUUCAUGGUGUCGUCGCCGCACAGCGACUCGCUGACCCGGCGGCGCGACCAAGAGGGGCCAGUCGGGCUUUCCGACUUCGGGCCGCGCAGCAUCGACCCCACACUCACCCGCCUCUUCGAGUGCUUGAGCCUGGCCUACAGCGGCAAGCUGGUGUCUCCCAAGUGGAAGAACUUCAAAGGCCUCAAGUUGCUCUGCCGAGACAAGAUCCGCCUCAACAACGCCAUCUGGAGAGCCUGGUAUAUCCAGUAUGUGGAGCGGAGGAAGAGCCCCGUCUGUGGCUUCGUGACACCCCUGCAGGGGCCAGAGGCUGACGAGCACCGGAAACCGGAGGCUGUCGUCCUGGAAGGGAAUUACUGGAAGCGGCGCAUCGAGGUGGUGAUGCGCGAGUACCACAAGUGGCGCAUCUACUACAAGAAGCGGCUCCGAAAGUCCAGCAGAGAAGGGGAUCUCUUGGCCCCCAAGCAGGCGGAAGGUGGGUGGCCACCGCCAGAGCGAUGGUGCGAGCAACUCUUCUCCAGCGUGGUGCCCGUGCUGCUGGGGGGCCCCGAGGAGGAGACCGGUGGGCGGCAGCUGCUGGACCUGGACUGCUUUUUGUCCGACAUCUCCGAUACACUCUUCACUAUGACACAGCCCAGCCCCUCGCCCCUGCAGCUGCCCCCCGAAGACGCCUACGUCGGCAAUGCUGACAUGAUCCAGCCAGACCUGACGCCUCUGCAGCCCAGCCUGGAUGACUUCAUGGAGAUCUCAGAUUUCUUCACAAACUACAGACCCCCACAGAUACCCACAUCUUCAAACUUCCCAGAACCCCCCAGCUUCAGCCCCAUGGCUGACUCUCUCUUCAGCAGUGGGAUCCUCGGCCCGGAGCCACCCCCAGCCCCCUCCAUCAUGACCCACCUCCCGGGACACAACCGCCUGCAGGCUCGGAACAGCUGCCCUGGCUCCUUGGACCCCAGUGCCUUCCUGAGCUCUGACUUCCUCCAUCCUGAAGACCCCAAGCCCAAGCUCCCACCCCCUCCUGCCCCACCUCCUCUCCUCCAGUACCCUCCCCCUGCCAAGGUGCCAGGCCUGGAGCCCUGCGCCCCGCCCUCCUUCCCGCCCCUGGCUUCGCCCUCUGCCUUGCUGCAGGAGGAUCCCCUCUUCUCUGCCAGGUUUCCCUUCGCUGCAGUUCCCCCUGCCCCAGGAGCAUCCCUACUGCAGGCUCCCACAGCCUUCCCACCCGUGCAGCCUGCCCCAGGCCCUGCCCCUGCGGCCUUCCCCUUAGACCAUCUGCCCUCGGGGUACCCAGAGCCAGCCUUGGGCCCUCACUUCGCAGUGCCUCAGGGUGUGCAGCCCCGAGGCAAGCCCCCCACCCCAUCCUCCAGGGGACGGAAGGCCUGUGGCCCCACCUUGGCCCCUGCCACUGUCAGAAGCAAUAACCCCUGCCUCACACAGCUGCUCAGGAGAGCCAAGCCUGAGCAAGCCCUGGAACCACCGCUGGCACCCAGCGCCCUCCUGCGGGCCCCAGGGUCUCCGCAGGAGACCAUCUCCGAGUUCCCCUGUGCCUUCUUUCCUCCAAACCCGGUCCCUACACCACCCCGACCACCUCCAGCCCCGACCACAUUGGCCCCUCCCAGGCCCCUGAUUGUCCCCAAAGCAGAGCGGCUGUCACCUCCAGCACCUGGCGGCAGCGAACGACGGAGGUCAGGGGAGCUCAACUCCAUACCAGCCCCAGGGGCGCUGAGUGUCAGCGUCUCUCCCCCUCAGCCCAUCCUCUGCCGGGGCCGUCCUGACAAUAACAAGACUGAGAACCGUCGCAUCACGCACAUAUCUGCGGAGCAGAAGCGUCGCUUCAAUAUCAAGUUGGGGUUCGACACCCUGCACGGGCUCGUGGGCACACUGAGUGCCCAGCCCAGCCUCAAGGUGAGCAAAGCAACCACGCUGCAGAAGACAGCCGAGUACAUCCUCAUGCUGCAGCAGGAGAGGGCGGCCAUGCUGGAGGAGGCCCAGCAGCUGCGGGACGAGAUCGAGGAGCUCAACGCCGCCAUCAGCCUGUGCCAGCAGCAGCUGCCCGCCACUGGGGUGCCCAUCACACACCAGCGCUUUGACCAGAUGCGAGACAUGUUCGACGACUACGUCCGGACCCGAACACUGCAGAACUGGAAGUUCUGGGUAUUCAGCGUCCUCAUCCGGCCUCUCUUCGAGUCCUUCAAUGGGAUGGUGUCCACGUCAAGUUUGCACAGCCUCCGCCAGACAUCGCUGGCCUGGCUGGACCAGUAUUGCUCCCUGCCUGCCCUCCGGCCAACUGUCCUGAACUCCCUGCGCCAGCUGAGCGCUUCAACCAGCAUUCUAACUGAUCCCAGCCGUGUGCCCGAGCAAGCCACAAGGGCAGUCACAGAGGGUCCUGUCGGCAGACCACUAUAGUCCUGGCAGAUGACGCUGAGCUCCAGUGACAACUUGCUGGGCACUCUCCUCCUGUCCCAGGCUCUGACUGGCUCCUUCCCUGAGGGUUGAACGGGACCCAGGUCUCCCACCUCCUAGAGGCCAAGAGGAGGCGUGUCCCUGUCCCUGCUGUACCACUGAUGUGAUUCUGGGCCACUCGCAGCCCCAUCUCUGGAUUUCUAUUUCCAUUCAGCAAAAUGGGGAUAGGGAAGGUUCAGCCACCAGAUGACCCCAAGGCAGCUGUGACACUGGGGACCUAAGCUGCCAGCUCAGAGAAGGAGGAGGACAGCCCUCUUUCCCUGUCACUUCUGCCUGCUCCUCGACAGGGGCCACCAGCCUCAGUUCCUGAGCAGGGAGGCAGAUAGGAGGGUCUCCCUCUGCUCCUGCUGCCAAGGUGCAGGGCUGCAGGAGGCUUCCCUUGGGUGAGGCCAGGGGGGGCCUGGUGCCAGGAGAGACCAGGGCGGGGGUAGCCACAGCAGGACAGGCAUCUUGUGUGAGUGUGGCUGUGUGCGUGUGGGUUUUAUAAAUAAUUCUUGAUCAAUAAAAGAAGAAAAUGCCUGCCUGUGGGAUGGCGGCGUGACUGUCAA